GUGGUGGUGGAGGUGGGGGUGAAGGAGUGUAUAUAAAGAGAUGGGGGAGUGCGUGACCCAUUACAUAUUCUAAACAUACUGGAUUUUGUCUGCGUGUGUGUUCGUGCAUCUCUUCACUAUGGCUAAGUGGACGGGUCUUCUGCUGCUGAUGCUUGUCCCAGCUGGUCUGUGCCAAAACUGCACCACAGAUCCUUGUGUGAAGGAUUGCACUGGCUGUGGCCCUGGGCAAUUCAUAGCUGACCCUGAGGACUGCCACCGCUACUAUGUGUGUGACGGCAAUGGUAACCUACAGUUUAAUGACCCUCUGUACUGUGAACACGGUGAGGUCUUCGAUAUAACCAUACGGGAAUGCCAAUCCGGUGCCCAAUGUAAUGUGUGCCAGCGUAAAUGUUACUACCAAUGCGCUCAGUCGCCUAAUAAUCUGAUCUCCUACUUCUAUGACUGCGGUUCUUACUAUGAGUGUGACUCUGCCGGCAUACCAGGCCCAGUCCAGAACUGCCCAGCUGACAAGCCGUUCUUCGAUGGCAUAGACUGUCAGGCUGAUGAGCGGCGGUGCUGCCACUGCCACCCUUACUGCUACGACGGAGACCAGGGCAAGUAUGUUGCGGACCCUAAGGAUUGUCGAAACUACUAUGCUUGUUUCACUCAGGGCAUCCCUAGCGGUCAGGGCCACUGUAGCCCUGGGGAAUUCUUUGAAACCGAUGCCUGUUCCUCACACGCCACAUGCAAUACGAUCUGCAAGAACGUGAUUGACUACGACGGCUGCAUCGACCCUUACACCUGCCUGGAGACUGGCUACUUCCCUAAGUGUCCCAGCAAGUGUGUCCCUCAGUACUACUUCUGCCCCCAGGUCUCCAAUACGUACGUGGAGGCCGAGGAGUGCCCUGUGGGAUACGACUUCCACCCUGAUUUGCAUGUGUGUGUCAGGACCGAGGACUGCCCCUAUUAAAAUGCUUUGAAAUGACCCUGAAAUGUCUCUUUACCUGAAGUUUUUAUCACAGGAACCAAAUGUUACUUAUCCUAAUUUGUACGUCACAGAAAUGAAAGUCAAAUACCGUUAAAAUGUCUAAAAAUGUUCCCUUAACCUAUUCUUUAACACAUGAGGCAAAUAAAUGCCCAAUAUUUGUAGCCCUAAUUUGCAAGCGUGUCUAUGUGUCAGGAAAAACAAAUGUCCCUAAUAAAUUGCCCUAAAUAUGUCCUUGAAAA